CCGUCCUGAGCUCUGCACGGGCGGUCAGAGGCAGCCCCCACCCCCGCAGGAGGCGGGCACCGUCACCCGCGCAGGGUGACGCUGCUCUCCCUGCGGUGGGCCCUCGGGCACGGGCCGGCCCGUGCCCCGGUCCCAGGGAGCCGACUCCAGCACCGCGGCCCCCGCGGAGCGCCGCGGCCACAGGCCCUCAGACGGACUUCACACCCGUGAAUCACAUCGGGGCCGGCCCUCUUUCGGCGGCGUCACUCGCCACCUCCUUCCUUCCCACUUCCUGAAACUCUCAACACUGACCGCGUCCAGAGAACGGUCUCAGCCGCCGCCGGAGGAGGAAGCUGCGCUGGACGUGUGUGGGUCUCGGGGGUGAGGGCCCCAUGGAGCUGCCCUACUACCACGGGCCCCUGUCCAAGAAGGACUGCGAGGGCCUGCUGCUCGCGCGGCGCGCGGACGGCAACUUCCUGCUGCGGGACAGCGAGUCCGUGCCGGGCGUCCUGUGCCUCUGCGUCUCCUUCAACAACUUGGUCUACACGUACCGCAUCUUCCAGGACAAGUACGGGCAGUACAAGAUACAGACCGCGGCCAGCGUCCCGAACCAGGCCUUCCCCAGCCUCAAGGAGCUGGUCUCCAGGUUCCGGAAACCCAACCAGGGGCUGGUGUUCCCGCUCCUGAACCCCGUGGAGAGGACCGGGCCCUGCCUGUGGUGGCGGAGCUCGAAGGUGGACAUGGACGACGACGACAACGACUACGAGAACUGCAGCAGCGAGUACAUAGAGGUCUUGCCCUGAAGCCACGGGGCCGCGGCCCUGGGGAAGAUUCACGCAUCUGGAGACCGGACCCGGGGGACACGUCGCACUGUCCCGGCCUCCUGACUGCAGGCGUCCUGUCCGCCAGCCUCCCCGCACCACCGGCACCACCCACCCGGCACCACGGGCCCGGCACCCAGCGGGCGGCCCGGAGCCCCGCCCCUCCCAGCACCUGACGCUGGGCCGUCCUCCUGGCCUCCCCCCUCCCCCCACUGUGCCGCUUCCCUCAGGCAGCGCCUGGGCCCAGGGCUUCGGGCGCAGCUCUCGCGCCCCCCCCCCCCGCCCUGGGCACUCGUCUCUCCACCUGGGAGGGGGCCCACCGGCUCGGCCCCUCCCCGGAGCCUGGCCGUGCCGGGCGCACUCAGGGCCCUGGAGUGACAGACGGACAUGCCAGCACCCAUCGGGGACCCAGCCUCCCGGCCCGCGCGUCCCCUGCGGUGGCCGCACUGUCCUGGCCACGCGGCCCUCCGGCCCGGGGGACCCGCCUUCCUCCUCCUUUCCAGUCUUGACCUUGCUGCCCAGCCUGGCCCUGGACACACCUGCCCCCCGGGUUGGCCUCAUUUCAUCGACGCGCUUGCCACCUGGCCGCACGGACAGGCUCUGUCCGGUGACACAGGUGGGGUGGGGGUGUCGUGGGGACCUGCGUGACUCCUGCCCCGCCCAGGUCUGAAGGGCCCCGAAGGGUGGCCGGAGCCCGUGUCCUCCUCGUGGGCGGAAACUCCCACUUGCGCCGUGACGCUGGAAGGGUCCCCGAAGGCCUGGCCGGGCUGGCCCCGGGCCCAUGGGCUUUCUCUGAGUUGUGCCAGGAAGAAACCCCAGGUUUCCGCACGGCGUGAGCAGAUGGGGGACCGGAACCCCGAGGGGAGCCACGGGGGCUCACGGGUCCCGGUGACCGCAGCCACCGCCGAGCGCAGAAGGCGUGAACCUCGGGGUGCAGCCCCACCUGGAGGAGGGGGAUGGAGCAGACCCUGCCAGAGGGGUCGGGAAGGGGCCAGGAGCAAGCAGCACCCCGGGCGUCCUGGUCUGACUCUCUCCGUGGGGCACGAGGAGGGCGUCCCCGCCCUGGAGCCCCCGCCAUCCUGGGCACAGACCAGACAGCCAAGAAUGUUUCCAGAACAGACACUGAGUAGGUCCACGCGCACAGUGGGUCCAUCUUCUGCAGGGCAGGGGUCUGUUUGGGAGUCACACCUUUCAGAGCCCAGCGGGACAGGACUCGUAGCUCAAGGUCACUCAGUGCACCUCCCAGGGCCGUGACCUGUUUCCCGAGUGCCCAGGCCCGGGCCCCGCCUGCCCCUGGUCCCGGAGGGUCCGCCUCUCCCACCGGCAGGCCCCGAGGAAACGGCUGGCGUCGACGCCAGGCCGCACGUCCCCAAAACUGGUCGGAAGAGCCCGCACAUGCAGCUCAGUCUGGGCCUGUGGGCCGGGGAGGGACUCCCACAGCCACUCCGGGCCUCUGGGUGCCAGCCGCUCCAUCCGCGCGGAGCUGCAGGCGCCAGUCACACGGACGGGGUCGUGGACCUCGCGGGGCUGCGCUGCGUCAGGGACCAAACGCCCAGCCACGUCGUGCUCCUGGCUUUCACUUCGCCGGCGGGGUCAGGAAACCGAUGUUGCAUUUGAGAUUUCCGCAUUAAAGUUCAUAACCCGGCCUCGGCUGGGAUGGCCCAGUGGAUGGAGUGCCAGCCUGUGAACCAGAGGGUCGCCAGUUCGAUCCCCAGUCAGGGCACGUGCCUGGGCUGCAGGCCAGGUCCCCGGAAGGGGGCGCUCAAGAGGCAACCACACAUUGACGUUUCUCUCCCUCUGUUUCUCCUUCCCUUCCCCCCUCUCUAAAAAUAAAUAAAUAAAAUUUCCUAAAAACUUAAAUAAAAUUCACAACCUGCGUGGAGCUGCACUUGGCCGCACCCCCCCAUUCCAGCCGCACACAGUGAGUGCCGCCGUCUUUGCCCCGGCUGGUUUGCUGCGGCACCUUUGGAAGCCGAGGCGGGCCCUCCCGCACCUUCAGCGUCCAUUUCCGUUCUUGCGAAGAAACUGCGUUUGAGGCCCGUGGACAAGGGGGUGCGGGCGUCUCACGACUCUCAGGGUCUUCAGCUCUCCUCAGUCUACUCAGUUAUGUUGCCAGUUUUGCCAUUCUUUGUUUUACCAGGAAUGCAUCCAUCUUUUGACUGUUUCCUCAAUUAUUAACAUGUAGCUCAUAAUGUUUUUCUAUUAUUUUUAAGUGGAUUUUUCAAGGUUUUAUCAUUUACUCAUUGUUAGAGAGAGGGGAAGUGUGGGGAGAAAAAGGAAGAGAAACACCACUCCCUCAUGCGGACCCCCAACUGGGGGCUGAAGCCACAACCAGGCCUGUGCCCUGACCGAGACUCGAACCGGUGACCUUGCAUUUUGAUGCCCAACCCACUGCACCCCACUGGUCAGAGCAAGUGGGGGUCUUUCCGUAACUAUCUCAUCACCUCGACCUGUUUCCUUUAGUUUACAAAGGGUUUCUCUUCGUCUCUUGAAGGUUUUUGCCUUUAAUUGUAUUUUGAAUCAUAUCCUGGUUUUCCUCUAAUUCACACUUUCCCAGGAUAACGACAUUUUUCAAAACUUUAUUUUCAUUUUUUAAAAAAUCUUUUACGUUUCUGUAGACAACAUAUUGCCGACCAUAAUUCCCUUCCGACCCAAGACCCUCCCCGUGGUGAGCUGGGUGAGCUCACCGUUACUGUAGUCUGUCCUGCUGGGGUUCACCUGCCGCCGAGGCUGGCUGGAAUGUGUGCACCCACCCCCCACCCGCGGGCUGAAGCUCUGCCCCCCAGGGCGGUGGUCUUUGAGGAGGGGCCUUUGGGAGGUGACAGCUUCCCAUGAAGCCUGGGGGGGGGCGAGACCCUGAGGGGAUUAAGUGACCCUGGAGCGCCCCCCGGGAGGGCUGUGAGGACACGGGGCUGGGGUGUGGCCGUGGGCACCCCAGGAAGGGGCCGCACCAGACGCCAGAGCUGCUGGCACCUCACCGCAGGCUUCCUGUGCUUCCUGUCGGAAACACUCACACACCUCAGCUGCCGUAACGAGGCUCACGCGCCUCCCUCCGGCCCCCUCCACCCCCUGACCCCGCUUUUCUGGGGUAUUGAUCCUGAGGUACUAGGAGCUACUCCUUCGCCACCGAGAAAACUGUAAAUGUCGCCGCCGCGGGGACGGUCCCUCCUUCCUAUCUCCAGACGCCCACAGUCCCUCCUCUCCUCCGGUGCGUGUUCAGUGACACGGCCACAGACGGCGGGCGGAGGACUUCCCUUCUGGUGACACGAGGGAAAGGGUGCUUACAGAAAAGGUCCUGCACCCAGGUAUGCACAGUGUCGUCUUCUGUUCCGUGACUAAAGAGG